GGGAAAGAUGUCGACUGGGAGCGGAUGAACCCGCUGUCGCUGGACGAAGACAGCCCGUGGCAAAAGUACCAUCGCGACCAGGAGCUGCGCACACUGAUAAUGCAGGACGUUACGAGGACCUUCCCAGACCAGGCAUAUUUCCGACCGGCGCGCGUGCAGAAGAUGAUUGGAGAUGUGCUGUUUGUGCAUGCCAAGGUACACAACUCACUGCAGUACAGACAGGGCAUGCAUGAGCUAUUGGCGCUAAUUCUGAUGGCAGUGGAGGCUGACAGUGUGGAGGAA